AUGCUGGGGCUGCUGGUGGCGUCGCUGGCCCUGGCGCUCGCCUUCUUCGCGCUGCUGGACGGUUGGUACCUGGUGCGCGUGCCGUGCGCCGUGCUGCGCGCGCGCCUUCUGCAGCCGCGCGUCCGCGACCUGCUGGCCGAGCAGCGCUACGCCGGCCGUGUGCUGCCCUCCGACCUGGACCUGCUGCUGCACAUGAACAACGCGCGCUACCUGCGCGAGGCCGACGUGGCGCGCGCCGCGCACCUGACCCGCUGCGGCGUGCUCGGGGCGCUGCGCGAGCUGGGGGCGCACGCUGUGCUGGCCGCGUCGUGCGCGCGCUACCGCCGCUCGCUGCGCCUGCUGGAGCCCUUCGAGGUGCGCACCCGCCUGCUGGGCUGGGACGAGCGCGCCUUCUACUUGGAGGCGCGCUUCGUCAGCCUACGCGAUGGCUUCCUGUGCGCGCUGCUGCGUUCUCGGCAGCACGUGCUGGGCACCUCGCCCGACCGCGUCGUGCAGCACCUGUGCAAGCGCAAGGUGGAGCCUCCUGAGCUGCCGGAGGACUUACAGCACUGGAUCAACUACAAUGAGGCCAGCAGCCAGCUGCUCCGUGCAGAGAGUGGGAUUGGCGAUGCGCCGAAGGACCAGUGACUGCCCUCGGGCCCCCUCUGCCCCGCCUGUCAGCUGGCCUGUUUCAAAGAAUAGACUCUGAGCUGGAAUGGCCUUGGACCCAGCCCAUCACCUGCUUGACCCCCUCUGUGCUGGCCCCCAGGCUGGGUACCUGGGCACAUUGGGCUGACCCAGCUCUGGCCUCUGGAUCCCCGUAGUGUGGCCAUGCCAGCAGGCCUGGGUGAGCAGGAGCUGGACAUCAGAGUUGCACGUGACCAGAGCAGCCCUGGGUAUGGCUGGGGCACUCCCAGGCUGGCUCUAAGGCCUGCCCUUGACUCAGGGACAGGUGGUCCUCUAGAGGGUCACUUUAUAGCAGGGAAGACAGGCCAGGAGCAGCCCAAGGGCCCCUGAGAACAGAGAGCUGAGUGAGAAAGGGCCCCCGCUGAACUGGGAAUGCCCUGUGUUCAGAGAGGACGUAUGUUGCCUCACUGGGUCACUGAGUGGAUGUGGGGUCUCUUGCCUGUGCCCAGCACCUGGUCCAUCACCUCAGGACAAGGAUGGCAGCUGGAAGCCAGAAGUGCCUCUUUGCUGCCCUUGUGGAACCCUCACUUGGACCAGAGCCAAGAGCUUCCAGCUUCAGUGAUGCACUUGACCCCUGCCUGCACCCCCCUCAUGCUGCUGUGCUUGCCUUAGUGCUGUCACAGGGAAGCUGCAGCUGUUCUAUUUAUAGAAAACACAGGAUUAAAGCGUUUUAAGGCGUG